GAGAGAACUGGCUCAGAGAGACUGCCGCCCCUCUCUGCAGGCAGGCACUGCUACUCUGCGCGCUCGCAGCCACACGGAGUGAGUCAGUGGCCCGUGUCAUUUCCGCCCCGUGUGCCCGGGCUGGAGAGCGCCUCAAACUAUAGAGGAUCGCUGCUCGCCUGAUCGUUGUCUCUCUCUCUGCGCGUGCUUAUCUCUCUCUGUGUAUGUGUGUGUGCGCACGUAUUUUACGCAUACGAGUUCUGCGAGGUUGGCGGGUUAGAUAGGAGAUGCUGGAAGGGAGGUGCGCCAGCAGUCGAUUUCCAAACCCGAGCCAGGCAACGAUUUUAAUUUCCGAGGCGUUCCCGAAGAUGGGGCGAUCUUAGCGCUGCGAGGAGCGGGCGACAUCGACGCGCAGACCCAGCCGCAGGAGGAGGAAGCGGAGCAAGGGGAGGAGAAGGAAGAGAGAAAGAGAGGAGGAGGAGGAAGGAGGGAGGAGGAGGAGGAAGGAGGAGGAGGGAGGAGCAGCGAAAAGAAGAGCCUCUUCGCGUCUGCUUCCCAGCGCAACCCAGAGCGUGUCGGUGGGACGGUGGUGGGUACAGAAAAUAUGAGCAAAAUGAAGAAACUACGGCGCACGCUGUCGGAAAGUUUCAGUCGGCUGGCUUUGAAGAAGGAAGAAGUGGUGAGUGAAGAGAUGUCCGUGUCGAGGAUGUCGGGGGGCCGUGGCAGCGUCCUCGCCGCCGACCCUGUCAUCUCCCAGCUGGAGACGAUUCCCGAGGACCGGCGCGCCAAGGCGGCGGCGGUGGCGGCGCAGCGGCGCGUCCACAGCGCCUCGGAGCCGCCCGAGAGGCCCCCGGGCCGCGUGAAGCGUGCGCCGUCCGACACGGACGAUGGCAUCCGCACGGCGGGCAGAGACUCGCCGAGCUCGCUCCGCCAUUCCAGUCCGGGUUCUCCCACGAGCCCGAAGUUUGGGAAGGUGGAUUCAUACGAGAAGCUGGAGAAGCUGGGCGAAGGAUCUUAUGCCACCGUCUACAAGGGCAAGAGCAAGGUGAACGGGAAGCUGGUGGCACUCAAAGUGAUCCGGCUGCAGGAGGAGGAAGGCACGCCCUUCACUGCCAUCCGCGAAGCGUCGCUGCUCAAGGGGCUGAAGCACGCCAACAUCGUCCUCCUGCACGACAUCAUCCACACGCGGGAGACGCUCACCCUGGUCUUUGAGUAUGUGCGCACCGAUCUCUGCCAUUACAUGGAGAAGUACCCUGGAGGCCUGCACCCUCACAAUGUGAAGCUCUUCCUGUACCAGCUGCUGCGCGGCCUCGCCUACAUCCACCAGCGCCGCAUCCUGCACCGUGACCUCAAGCCGCAGAACCUGCUCAUCAGUGAGACGGGGGAGCUCAAGCUGGCUGAUUUCGGUUUGGCUCGCGCCAAGUCGGUCCCGAGCCACACAUACUCAAACGAGGUGGUGACGCUGUGGUAUCGGCCCCCCGACGUUCUGCUUGGCUCCACGGACUACUCCACCUGCCUGGACAUGUGGGGCGUGGGCUGCAUAUUCGUGGAGAUGAUUCAAGGCAGUGCUGCCUUCCCCGGACUCAAGGACAUUCAGGACCAGCUGGAGAGGAUCUGGAUGGUGCUGGGGACCCCGAGCGAGGGAAGCUGGCCAGGAUUAAAGUCGAUGCCUCAUUUCAAAGCAGAUCGAAACCCGCAAUUCAAGCCCAAGAGUCUGGGAAAGGCCUGGACGAAGCUGGCACUCAUUCCCGUAGCGGAGGAGCUAGCGUCGCGCCUGUUGCAGGCGCACCCCAGGAGCCGCAUUUCAGCUAUCGACGCACUCAGCCACCCGUACUUCAGCGAUCUCCCUCCCAGGCUCACGGAGCUCUCUGACAUGACCUCGAUAUGCUCCGUGCCGGAGGUGAAGCUGCAUGCGGAGGACAGCGUGGGCUUCUAUGGGAAAUUCAGCCAGAAGCACUGAGCAGCCUCCAUACUGCUAUGCAGCAGCAAGGAGCUGUGCAAAAAUGGUGCCGGCUGGAAAGUAAAAAGCUCCCCUUCAGUAACACGUGGUGAAUCAGCCCUCCCACGACCCCCGUUGCAUCCGUGCAAGUAUUGAAGCUGAAAGCACCUUCUCAAGAAACGCAAUAUAUUUUAAUAAAAUGAGCUCCAAGAGAUGUGUUAUUUGGGUAACCAACAUUUUUUUUUGAAAGAAAUAAAACAAUCUAGUUCUUUUCGGUACCAAAAAGUUGUUAUGAAAGGGAUAUUUUUGCCUUACCUAAAUGUCAACCAAAAAUAUCAACGGACGCAUGCGUGAGAACAUCACGGCCUGCCCCAUAAACGUUUCUGUAAAUGGAUGCUUAUGUACAGAAUCGCGCAAUAUUUUUGUUGACUAAAAAAAUAAAAAGUUUGACAUAUCUCGUCAGUGCUCAUAGAGAACAGAAUUAUGUAUGCCCGGCAUGAAUAUGUUCGAUUUAACUUUUGUCCCAUUUCGUUACCCUCGAGAAUAUUUUUUGUUAUUACUGCGUGGCUUUUCGCUGUUGUGCUGGAUAGCUCUCUGAUGUGUUUUCGAGUUGUUCAGUAUCAUGUCCGAUAUUUCGCUCCAUGUGCUGGGACCUUCUUCAGUCAUGGAACAGAAGCUCCCGUGGAAGGCUAUGUCGAACGAACAUCAUGCUGAAGAACACGUGGCACAAUCUGAACAUUCAUCGGAAUGUAAUCACUUUUUUGAGAGUAGCUCUGAAUGGGUGCACACUGAUAAAUGUCUGAAUAAUUGUCUACAUAUUCGGUACUACGCACCUAUAUUUGGCAAAGCAGCAUUCAUUAGUCCAUGCGAUUUGUAACAGGAAUCCAGAAUGUUAUUUUGUUCUGUCGGAGUUGAUUUGCAACUCCCAUUUAUUCAGCCACCAGAUUCAAUAAAAUAUAAAUAAAUGUGCACGAUGGAAGCUUGCAACAUGACAGCACCCAAUGCAACCCAAGUAUUUGUUUCAUGCGAAGCACCAGCUCUCAGACACUGCUCCACACGCCUCCCCUCCAACGUCUAAUGCCCCAACAUGUUCCCCUUUAUCAGUUUACUUUCGUUGUAUGCACAUUAUGAUAUUGGUAAUCAAAUGAACGGAAUGGCAAUUACGCACUACAAUAAUAAUUGAGGAAUGGGGAACCCCAGGGCCUUUGGGCCAUCUCAGCCCAUGACUUCAUUUAAUAUGACCCAGGGGCCACAUGAGCCCUGUGACUUUAAAAAAAAAAGUAUUUAUCCAUCCCUGCAAACAUCUCGGCUGCACUAAUUCGUAACCGUGGUUGAUUUUGACCUGGAAAAGCUGUAUUUCUCAUUUAAGCGUCAUGCUCUUGUCACUCCUGUCAAUGCAAUUGCUUCUUUAUACUCGGUCGACGUGCUUGUUACUUUUCGCAUUAUUAUGAUUUGGUUACCCAACGGUGUGUUAAUGUGUGGCCUACCGAAAAGUAACCUAAAGUAGUUUUUAGCCCAGCUUAAGGAAAGGGCACACACCCUUGUGUUAAUUGGUCGAUGUAGGAGGCCAUGUCCAGGUGAAAGAGCAGCACUGGUUGAGAAUCUUGAGUGUGAAGGAGGAUGUUUCAUCCUGUAUGUAUGGUUGUCAACUGUUAUGCUUUUCCCAGGGUCAUCAAUGUGUUUUUUAUAGUUUUCCCCUUUUCAAGUAUUCUGAGAUUAUUCUUUGUCCCAUUAUAUGACCCAGCAUUUUGUAUCUCAGAGAUAGAAUCCCUGCCUGUAUGACCUGGCCUAUGCCAUCAUACAUUACAGUAAAGCCAUUUUGGCAAAAUGACAGGCCAUAUUUAAAAUUGCACACGAAAAUUUACAGUAUGAUAUUUUUGUACCAUUAUUAUUGACACACAAAUGCACACAUCCACAUCGAUGGCUCUAUAACCAUGUACAGUAUUAUCUCUUUUUUUACAUUUAAUUUUUUAUGUUUAUUUUGAUUAACGUACUUACUCGCACUCUCUAUUUAUGUUCACAUUAAAUAAUUAUGUUUCAAGAAGGUCAUCAUCACAAGGUAGAGUUGGUUCCGGCCAGUGCGCCUGUGAUAUGAAACUGGGAUGGACACAGAUGGGAGGUGAAACGCACCUGGCCCAUAGACUGAUAUCUUUUGCUACGCCAUCCCAGCCUCUCAUCCCACCGCCACGUUUAUUCUCCUCGACUGGGCGCUAUUUUCAGAGAUAAAAUCCCCCCACACUUUUAAAAUCAUGGCAAUGGAUCAAUAACAUUGCAAGCCAACGUGGAGCCUGUUGCAAAUUUUGGGUUUUAUUUAUAGCUGUAAGAACAUUUGUGGCUUUUGGAAUCAUUCCAGUUUAAUUUUUCUUUUUCAUUAAACAAAAUCUGUGUGUGAAUUUAUAUGCACAGUGUAUGCUCACUCGAAUUAACGAUGACCAGGGACGUGUUCAUGACAUUAUGCUUACAUUACAACACGUGACAGCUGUGAUAUAUGAACUUUAGCCUAUGUGACCUAUCCUGAAUCGAGCUGACGUCGUCUGAAACAUGGCAGGCCUGUGCAAUAUGUACAUUACCAAAGUCACAUAUCAAUUUACACCUGGUCUGUGUGCCAAAACAGAAAAUUGGAUCGUGUGAAAAAUUCACCGCAGGUGGGCAUCAGGGACGAAAGUUCAAAACAGCGUUUUGCAGGAGUUUUAUCUCCUGGGUGACAUUGGGUAUAAUUUCAAAUUUCACAGCAGUUGUAUUACCAUCGCAGAACAAGUUGUCACACUGGCAAAAUGUAAUUAGCAACACCUGCAGCAAAGAAGAAAAAAAAACCCGCUCAGGUGAUGGCUUGCUCUAAUUGUAACACACACAGUCAUUCCGACGAUCGCGUGAUAUUUCGUUUCAAAAAUCAAUUUUCACCUCAUUGCACCGCCUGCACUAAUUUGGUAAUGUGUGGCUGUUUACCUGUGAGAAUCACAAUGUGCUGUGUGCAGUGUGAAAGGUGGCAAGCAAUUUUUUUAAGGUGUUAUCAACUCGCUGCAAACUGGUUAAUUUGUUAACAUGAAUAUAGAUAUGGUUUUGUACAUAUAUAGUAUAUAUAAAAUUAUAACGAAUACGUCAAUUUUGGGGAACUAUAUGAAAUAUGCCCCUGAUCGUGCCACAGUAAUGUUUUGGUGUCCUACGUAACAGUUUAAUUUUGUAUUAUUCUGAUUUGUUCAUGUUUGAUUAUAAACCCAAAUUAAACCACU